UCACCCGUAGCAAAGAUAGAGACUCGGGGGCACGAUUGACCUAUCGUGUUUUUUAAUUCCCAACGCCUCGCCUUUUCAAAUCAAAGAAAACAACCCCCCAAGGCCUUCGCUGUCUAAAUAUUUUCCCAAAUCCUGGUUGUUUUCUCUCUCUCUCUCUCUCUCUCUCUCUCUCUCUCCACAUAAGCUCCUAUCUUCUUCCAAACACGCUUCAAUUUCUGCUUCAAAUGCUCUAUUCACCAACUUAUUGCCUCUAGAAUCAGCCAUUGACAACCGUUAGCUUUUCAGGCAGUCAUUCAAUUCGAGUUAGAACUGGUUUCUUCAAGAGAGUUGGGGGAGGGGUCGCCAUUGGAGGUUGUUAACGGUGCUCUGUUUUUCCCUUGAGAUUCACGUCGCGAUGAGCAGAGGCUGAGAUUCCCUCGCAGUUUCUCGGGGAUUCUUUCGAGAUGGAUGCGGUUGAUCGGCGGGCUGUGACUCCAAAUAAAAGUCUAUUGGCGCGCACUUUCGCAAAGGUUUUGAACGUUCGAGCUGCGACCGGUGUUGCCCCGGAUGAUGGAGCUCAGAAAACUAAGACUCAGGCCCCGGAUGAUGGAGCUCAGAAGACUAAAACUCAGGAGACGGUCAAGCACGAUAGCAUGAGCAAUAGGCGUCAGUCCUUUGGCAACGAUGAAAAGCUCAGGCAUAAAAGUAGCGAAAGGCGUCAGUCCUUUGGCUUUGGCAACGAUGAAAAGCUCAGGCAUAAAAGUAGCGAAAGGCGUCAGUCCUUUGGCUUUGGCAACGAUGAAAAGCUCCGGCAUAGAAGUAGCGAAAGGCGUCAGUCCUUUGGCAAUGACGAUGAAAAGCUCCGGCAUAAAAGUAGCGAUAUGCGUCAGUCCUUUGGCGAUAACAAUGAAAAGCCGCGGCAUAAAAGUAGCGAUAGGUGUCAGUCCUUUGGCGAUAACGAUGAAAAGCUCCAGCAUAAAAUAGGCAACAGGCAUCAGUCCUUUGACAACGUCGAUGAGAAGCUCCAGCAUAAAUUAGCCACGGAAGCAUUUCUUGCGAAACUAUUCGCUAGUGUUUCGACCUUGAAAGCAGCAUAUGCCCAAAUGCAGUUUGCUGAGUCUCCUUACGACGGUGAAGCCAUUCAAGCGGCCGAUCAGAUUGUGGUUUCGGAAUUGAAGAACUUAUCUGGAUUUAAGCAGAGUUAUGUAAAGAAACAAUUUUAUGAGUCUUCUCCAGAAAAAGUUCAGGUAUUGGCUGAACUCCAGGAGCAGAAGAGUCUUUUGAAGACAUAUGAAAUCAUGGGGAAGAAGUUGGAUUCUCAGCUUAGGUUCAAGAACUCAGAGAUCAUUUUCCUUAAAGAGAAAUUGGAGGAAACCAAAAAGGAGAACAGGUUGAUUGAGAGGAGAUUGAAUGCAAGUGGGUUGUUAUCAAAUCCUGACAAUCUCCAAUUCUCUGGUCUAAAUCCCAACCAUUUCAUCUCUGCCGUUCGCCAGACGGUGAAAUCUGUUCGACAAUUCGCUAGGUUAAUGAUCAACGAGAUGGAACUGACCGGGUGGGAUUUGGAUUCCGCGGCCAGAGCAAUCGAACCGGAUGUCGUCUACUGGGAUGAAAGCCACAAGUGUUUCGCUAUCGAAGCCUUUGUUUGCCGGGAAAUGUUCGAUGGGUUCAAUUUCCCUCACUUUAUACCUCCAAACAAGUGGGAGCAGCCGAAGAAGCAACACCGGCUCUUCUUCGAUAGAUUCACACAACUGAAAGCUUUCAAGACAAGGGAAUAUCUAGUCAAGAACCCGAAAUCGAAAUUCGCAACAUUCUGCUCCGCCAAGUUCUUUCGCGUCGUUCAUCCCAAGAUGGAGUCGUCUCUUUUCGGCAACACAAACCACACAAAUGUUCUAAGAACCGGCGAAUUCCCAGAUACUAGUUUCUUUUACGCGUUUUCGGACAUGGCGAAGAGGGUCUGGCUGCUGCAUUGCCUGGCCUUUUCGUUCGAGCCCGAAGCCUCGAUCUUUGAGGUGAAAAAGAGGUGCCGGUUUUCGGAGGUUUACAUGGAAAGUGUUUGCGAGGAAGCGUUCUUGUCAUCCGAUGGCAAAACCAAAACCGAAACCAAAACCGGACCGGUAGUGGCAUUCACCGUGGUUCCGGGGUUCAGGAUAGGCAAAACUGUAAUUCAAUGUCAGGUAUACCUCUCCUGAUCUUCAACUAUGUAAUUAGAUAUAUAAUAAUCUUCCAUCGGACGGUGAGAAAUCGUUGUCGAUGCCGGGGUCUGUUCCCUAUACUGUAUAAUAGUAUAGUUUUAGUUAAUUAAUAGAAGAAAGACAGGUCCAUCCUUAGGGGGUGUUUGGAUCC